AUGCGUCUCUCAUCACUGGACGACUCAGAUGCAUACUUCUCCAGAGGUCGACGGCCAUUGAAGUUCCUGCUUCAUUGCUUCUCUGCUACUGGCCAUGUCCUUCCAAUGCAGGCGGUUGCCAGGGAGCUUGUCGAACGUGGCCAUGAAGUCGUCUGGACAACAAUCGCAGCGCAGGAAGCGCGAGUAACCGCGUCAGGGGCGAAAUUUGUUGCGGCAGAAGCGGUGGCAAAAGUUGACGCCAACCUCGAUGGUGCGGAUCCGAAGGACAUGACUGAAACCGCCGAGGUCAUGUUCGCCGGCCGGGUUACAGCGCAGGUGUCCGACCUUCGUAAGGUGCUUGCAACAUUUAAGCCUGACUUCGUGGUCACGGAUGCAUUGCCACAGGGAGUGGCAGCGCUUUAUGAGCUUGGAGAAAUUCCCAAGUAUGCAACACUCGGCGUUGUUCCGCUCUACCACCCCGACAUUGGGCCAGAACCCAUUCAGCAUGCUGCACAGUCUGCAUUGGGAUUGCUCUUGAGCCGACCACAGCUAGUGCUUCCAGUGAUCAACCCGGAGAGGCAGAACCUGGGACUACCUCCCUUGAAGGUCACAGACGCGUACUCUUACAGUCCUUUUCUACACAUUCAGGCGUCGUGUCCCUCGUUGGAGUUCCAGGAAGGGCCUACUCCUGUCAUCCCGCAAGCGCAUUAUGUUGGCCCAUUGGUCGCCAAGUUGGGAAACUCGACUGCCCAUGUUCCUGAGUGGUGGGACGAGGUUGCCAACGCUUCAUGUGUAGUGGGCAUCACGCAAGGUACAUUUGCCAUGAACCCGACGUCACUCAUCAUCCCCGCCAUACAGGCGCUGCAAGAGGACGAGAGCCUCUUACUAGUGGUUCCAUCAAGACUUGCAGACGAAAUUCGAGCGCAAAUCAAGGUCAAAAACAAUGUUCGAAUCGCCGACUGGGUUCCCUAUGACUUGCUGCUUCCUCGUUGCCGCCUUCUUGUAACAAAUGGCGGUUAUGGAAGCGUAACGCAGGCUCUCUCACAUGGAGUUCCUCUCAUUUGCGCGGGAACUUCAGAAGAUAAGAAGGACACUGCUGCAAGAGUAUCGUGGGUUGGUGCGGGUAUUGACCUAAAGACCGAUAAUCCUUCAGUGUCUCAGGUCAAAGAAGCGGUUUACAGGGUUCUUCAGGAGUCCACUUACACAGAGAACGCAGUCAAGAUCGGAAAGGAGCUAAACAGUCAGGGUGGUGCAAAGAGAGCUUGCGAUUUGUUAGAAAAGGCAACAUUGGAGCUAAAUGCUGAAAAGUCGGCUUAG